CGCACUUCGCCGUGAUGGUUGUGUCUCCCCGCGCAUGGGUAUUGAACCAGCCGCCACGGCUCUUGCCAACAUGCGCCGCCCGUUUCCCAACAUCAAACAUGUUCUAGUGGUCGGCAUCGCGGGCUGGAUACCCCUGAUACGGCCCAGAUCUGCAGGAGUAGAUCGUCUUGGGCGAUGUCGUUGUCGGCGUUGUCCAGCAUGGAAGAGGAGGUGUGACGCACUAUGAGUUCGGUGCGUGGGAAAGCCAGAAAGAAUUGACUGUCAAAGAGCACAAGCUUGCAAGAUGCGUUCUUGGAUGAGAAAGGAGAGAGCAAAACGUGCGUUCCAAGCCACGGCGCAACGGCGCACUCUGAAGAAUCAUACCUUUCCUUGACUCUCUUACCGUUAUCAUGCCCGGAAUCCCGACUGGUAAUCUUGCUGGAGGACCCGCUGGAGCUGGACUUCCGGGCACCGCGGCCAGAGACCCUGGCCCCGGCACUGAUGCCAUGACCGGCAUUAUGGAUGACGACGGCAACCGAGUCAAGGCCGCCGAGCCGGCUCACUCCACCAUAAAGAGCACCAUCAAGCUCAACGCUUUCCCCAAGUUCGAUGGCACCAAGUGGACCCACAAGUUCAAUCUGGACGAGAAGUACAAGCGCCAGAUUCAGACAGAAUUCUAUGAGACUAAUCAGCAUCAAUACACACCCGCAGGACGAGCUGAGCUCAUCAAAGAAGACACCACCAUGGAAACUCAUUGCCAAGCAUCAUUACCAUGUUAUCCGCCAGUCUUGAUCCCCUAG